CUGUUGCAACAGGCACUUUGAACGCUCGCUCUGCUCUCAUCGCUCGAGCGGCGAAAAUCUUUUACAUUUUUCACAUUUUUGGAGAAGAAGGCUGCUCCUACGCCCCUUUUAAAAGCGCCACAUGUCGUGUGCUCCGUGUCAGAGCCUCGGAAACACCCACGGGGGAUUUAAGCCUCAACUAAAAAAAUACAUAACCAGCUCGGAAAACAGUUUUUGGGACAACAUGACGAUUGUAAGCGUUGCUCUUUUCCUCUCUCUAGUUGUUGACUCGAUCGACACUUGGGGGAUUUCAUCGGAGGCUUUUCGGACCACCUCGACGAAAAACACCAGGGAGACUUGUUGCUUCGCUACCUUGGACGUUGCUUUUUUAAAUCGCCGUCGAAGUUGUGUGUCUCACCCUAGUCUGGUCCAGGCUUUAGCUUGGAGGGCCCAACCGCAAACAUUGAUCCCAGCAGCUGGAGCGGCAGCGAAAGCCCUGCCGAAGACAUGGAGAGGAUGAGCGAUUCGGCAGACAAGCCCGUGGACAACGAUGCAGAAGGCGUGUGGAGCCCUGACAUCGAACAGAGCUUCCAAGAAGCCUUGGCCAUUUACCCUCCUUGUGGACGUCGGAAGAUCAUCCUGUCCGAUGAGGGGAAGAUGUAUGGUCGGAAUGAGCUGAUUGCCAGAUAUAUCAAGCUUCGGACUGGAAAGACGAGGACUCGCAAGCAGGUGUCUAGUCACAUACAGGUCUUAGCAAGAAAGAAAGUUCGAGAAAUCCAAGCUGCCAUUAAGGUACGUCUGGCUUUGCCCAGUUACAGGGGGCUUUUCAUUGCUAUGGUUACAGGCUCUUCCUUUGUUUUCCUCUCCUCCCCUACCCCGCAGGUGUCUAGUCACAUUCAGGUUCUAGCCAGAAGGAAAUCUCGUGAAUUUCAUUCCAAGCUAAAGGUUACAAGUAUGGACCAGGCGGUGAAGGACAAAGCCCUCCAGAGCAUGGCUUCCAUGUCGUCAGCUCAGAUCGUCUCGGCCACGGCUAUUCACAACAAGCUGGGACUGCCCGGCAUCCCGCAUCCAGCAUUCCCCGGAGCAGGGAUAUGGCAAGGGAUGAUAUCGAGUCAGCCAGGAUCCUCACAAGACAUCAAGCCCUUCAGCCAGCAAGCCUACCCCAUCCAGCCUGCAGUCACAACAGCAAUUUCAAGCUACGAGCCCACGGCCGCGUCUGCACCGACAGCACCGGCGUGGCAGGGCCGUUCGAUCGGUACAACCAAACUGCGACUGGUGGAGUUCUCAGCCUUUCUGGAGCAACAGAGAGACCCAGACUCGUACAACAAGCACCUCUUUGUGCAUAUCGGACAGACAAAUCAUUCCUACAGCGACGCCCUGCUGGAGUCUGUGGACAUUCGGCAGAUUUAUGACAAAUUUCCUGAAAAGAAAGGGGGACUGAAGGAGCUGUACGGAAAGGGCCCCCAAAAUUCCUUUUUCCUUAUAAAGUUUUGGGCCGACUUAAACUGCAACAUUCAGGACGAGAACGGAUCUUUCUACGGCGUCACCAGUCAGUACGAAAGCUCAGAGAACAUGACCAUCACAUGCUCCACUAAAGUGUGCUCCUUCGGCAAGCAGGUGGUGGAGAAAGUCGAGACUGAAUAUGCACGGUUUGAGAACGGGCGCUUCGUCUACAGAAUAAGCAGAUCCCCCAUGUGUGAAUAUAUGAUCAACUUUAUCCAUAAACUGAAGCACCUGCCAGAGAAGUACAUGAUGAACAGUGUGCUGGAGAAUUUUACUAUUUUAUUGGUGGUGACCAAUCGGGACACGCAGGAGACGCUGCUUUGCAUGGCGUGUGUGUUUGAAGUGUCAAACAGCGAGCACGGCGCUCAGCAUCAUAUCUACAGACUGGUAAAAGAAUGAAUGGGCCCCUCUCUCCUUUUCCUCACAUACGUUCUGACCUCCAGACAAGUGGCAGUGCCUCUCGCUCAAAGUCACACCGACAACACUUUGUGGUCAUUACCUGAAGUCUCUUCUUAUCAUUGUGUUGCUUUUGUGUCAUUUGACUGCACCUAUGAGUUACGCUACAGGUGUUUUCUUUUCUUUGGUUAUUCUCGGCUCCACUGCAGGAAAUUUCUUUGAGAGAUCAUGUAGGCUGGUUACAUACACAAUUGACUUCUCUUAUUCGCUCAAUGGAAUUGUAUGUUGUCUACUUUUGUGUGUGUGUGUGUAUAUAUGCUAUUGGCCUUUUUGUGCCAGUGGCCUGAUGUGGUCUGUGUAAUAUUUGAGUGUGUUGAGCAUACUUUUUAGAUGUACAAGACCUGCUGCCCAUAGAGCUCCAAAGAAACUAACCUGACACUAAAUAUUAUGACACUAAAUUUCACUACAUUUCUUUUCAUAAAUGAAUAAUUCUCCCUGUUGAAGCACAACAAACGAGACACUACACUCACUUUGCUGCCUUUCCUUGUGGAUUUAGGGAAACAUUCCAACCUCCUCAGCAUUCCGGUUUCUGUCAGUUAAUUCUGACAGGUUAAAGCGCUACAAGACUGACUCAUCCAAAAGCACUUUGUUUCUUAUGCUCUUAAGUAAUCACAAUACUAUCUUAGACAGCAAGCUGUGUUUACCUUGCAGCUUCUCCCCCUGUGAACGAGUAGCAUGAUCUGAGUCAGCGCGUCGCUGCCUCACAUUACAUUCCCGUCGUUAUCGUGGCCUAUGCCGCCCCCAAGCCUUAAACACGCUACAGCUGUGAGACGCUACUAAAACUGUGAUCCGUCUCCUUGUAAACACGCCGCUCCUUGGAGUGGUGUGAGAGAGUCCCGAUACAGUCUGCCAAAGUGUUAAGAGUACAGUGCCUUAGCGUAUGUGGUCCAUCUUAAUCCAGCAGUCUAAUUUGAAGUCAGGCUGAUACAGGCAAAAGCAGUACACUCCAUGUUUUGAGAUUCACUGUAUAAGAAGUUGUAUUUUUCUCUAUAAAAGUCAUAUUCGCUAAAUGUCAGCUUUUUAUAUGAAGUCUGGUUGAAUGGCCUGUGGUAAUGGUCAAAGGUGAAAAACAAACAACAACCACACUACUCUCUAAAUGUGUUGUGCGUGGUAGCAAAAAGUGCCUUUGGUUUACAAUUUCCAAUUCAACCUGACACAAAAACAAAACGUUGCUAAACCAAAAAUGAGAUGGAACCAAGUACCACCACAUUGCCUUUUCUUAAUGCAAGGGUGGGGGACGGAGCAUUUCAUCGGGCCCGUGUGUAAUUAUAACCACAAAUAUAACCUUAGAGGUCCUGACAUUUCCUCUUUAAUGCUCAAAAUGCAAUCUAAACAAAACCUUAAACACAACUUUGUUUUUUUUAACUUCCAUUUGUACUGAGCUGACUUUUUGUGUACAAAAAAGGUCCAUUUCACUCAAGCAUGGUUCACAAAUCUGUUAGUAAGCACUUCUCCUUUGCCGAGAUAAUCCAUUCACCUCAGAGGUACGGCCUAUCAAUACGGUAAAACUACACAUUUGAAAUUGACCUUUUCCCGUGAGCAUCUUAAGACUCUCCUUUGCAAUAAUGAAAAUUGUCUAAUCAGCAUAUUGUUUUGAUUUGAAUGUUCUGGUAAAUUGGAAGUUCUAACUAUGAUUUAGGCACAUUUGUGAGAGAAAUGGUCUUUUUGUGUACAGCCAAAAUGUCACAACAGGAAAAUAUUAGUGUUACAUUUUAAUGAAAAGAAAUUGCAUCAAAUUUUGUUCAUUAAAAGACAUAAGUACCGCCCCGGGACUUGAACCGAUUCCCCAUCCAUGCCUUAAAGGACUGUCCCGCUUUCCAGGGGGAAGCUGCCCACUUGUUGAUGGUUCACUCAUCUUUGGAUUUCACGAAGGAUGUUUACAAGGUAAAAUUGCAUCAUGUUCAAGAGCUUAAAAGACUGCAGCAGAGCCUGACCAAAUAAUUGGCCGGCUAAAUCUGCUGAAGUUAAAGGUCAAUAUAAUUUUACUUUCUCCUCAUGCAACAGCAAGCAUCCAGUAGGUAUGGGCAGGAAGUAAAGGCAAGCAGAAUGUUAUUCUUAGCCAUCUUCCCAAAUCCCUGUUAAGGUGUUUGUAAGUACGCUGAUAAGAUUUGUCAAAAAAAAAUUCUGCCAAAUAUCGUAAUCAGCCUCAAAAAAUCCAUCUCAAUCAGGCCCGACACUGCAAAACACUUGCAGGUUCAAGUGUGUCAAACUAAAAACGAGUUUCUGAAAGUUGUCCCCCCCACCCACACCCCCUAAAACCAGGUGAGGUUUGUUUUUAAAAAAAAAAAAAGAAAUAUUUGAAGGUAAAGUUAAAGCGUGGACCAGAGCUUCAUGCAUCUACACUG